AUGAAUUAUCGAGACGGCCAGGAGGUUAUGCGCGAACGCCUUCGCAUCGAAAACGCUCGUGCCCGCUGGGACGAAUUCAUCUUCUCGGAUCGCGGAUACUCUGCGUCGGAUGGAUCUAUCAUUUUCUCUUCUUCGUCUGGAAGCGAGAGGGGCUUCUAUUCGGACAACGGUUUCUCCAGCGUUGACGACAACUUUGGUACCGAUGGAGAAUUCGUUGGAGGAAUCGUCGAUUACAUCAUACAACAACAGGGAGUAUUCGAUAUCGAUGUGGUUGAUGGAUUGGUCAAACCAUCCUCUCAUAGAGGUUCAAUUGAGGAUUUUGUCUCCGACUUAUGGAUUCUCGAUCGCAACGACGAAAUUAAUGAGGAUUACUGGGCUCGUCUUGCCGAGCUUAACGACGAGGACCUCGGUGAUUCUGGAGCCGAGGGAGACGUUGAAUCACAGGAUGGAGAGGAGAGCGGAGAGGAAAUCGGAGAGAAGGAGGAAGAAAAGGUUGUUGGUAACGAGAAGAAUAAUGAGGAGUAG